AUGUCUCUGGAAAACCUAGAUGAACUGCAAUGGCGGUCGCCCGAAUGGGUCAAUACGUUUGGGCUCCGCACAGACAACGUGCUGGAGUAUUUUUCGCAGUCGCCGUUCUUCGACAGAACCUCCAACAACCAGGUCCUCAAGAUGCAGAACCAGUUCACAGAUACAAACUACUACAACAAACCAUACGACCAGCUGCUGCAGGACCUGCGCAAAAUGAAAGGCGUCGAGUUUGUCAUUGCGAUGGUCCGCGAGCCGGACUUCUGGAUCAUCCGCAAACAAAACAGACUCUCGGAGAACGAGACCGUCACCAUCUCCGACUACUACAUAAUAGGCUCGAGCGUGUACAUGGCUCCCAUCACGCACUCAGUUCUGUCGAGCCGGUUCCUUGCGAGUGUGCUGAGCCUCAGAAACGCAAGCAGCCAGUUGCAGGAUCUGCCCGCGUUCUCGCCGUCAAACGGCCACCAGUACCUGCUCCAGACUUCCGACUCGAGCGCCCAACAUCCGUACACCGACAGUGCAGCACAGAUACCCGACACGUCUGCGAACGCGUUCAGCAACCUGCUGAACCUUUCGCUGCAGAACAACGCGAUUGAGCUGGACUCGAUGCCGUCGACGGGGAUCAGCGAGGCGUCUGUGCGGAUGGAAAAAACAGAGAGCACAUAA